AUGGCAUCGGGCGUUUCCGUGAGGGACCUGCCCAAAACGUGGCGCUUUACCGAGGCGCUGCCUGCCGACCCUGCCUUCCCUACACCCGCCGACUCCCACAAGCUGCCCAGGGACGAGUUCAACCCGCGCCAGGUGACUGGUGCCAUGUACACCUGGGUGCGUCCCGACCGCCAAAAGAACCCGGAGCUCCUGUCGGCCAGCCCGGCGGCCCUGCGCGACCUGGGCAUCGCUGCCGACCAGGUGCCUACCCAGGACUUCCUUGACCUGGUGUCGGGCAACAGGCUGUACGGCUGGGACGAGGAGAAGCUCGAGGGCGAGGGGUACCCCUGGGCUCAGUGCUACGGCGGCUUCCAGUUCGGACAGUGGGCCGGCCAGCUGGGUGACGGCCGGGCCAUCUCCCUCUUCGAGACGACCAACCCGGCCACCGGCCGCCGGUACGAGCUGCAGCUCAAGGGCGCCGGGCGCACGCCCUACUCGCGUUUCGCGGACGGCAAGGCCGUGCUGCGCUCGAGCAUCCGCGAGUACGUCGUGUCGGAGGCUCUCAACGCGCUGAAGAUCCCUACCACGCGCGCCCUGGCCCUCACGUCCCUACCACACUCCAGGGCUGUGCGCGACAAGUUCGAGCCGUGCGCGCUCGUGCUGCGCUUCGCCGACUCAUGGCUGCGCUUGGGAAGCUUUGAUCUCCUGCGCGCCCGAGGAGACAGGGGCCUCCUCCGAAAGCUGGCUACGUAUGUGGCCGAGGAUGUCUUUGGCGGCUGGGACAAGCUGCCUGGUCGUCUGGAUAACCCGGAAGAGCCCGCAGAUGUGUCUGAGCCCAGGAGGGGCGUGCCGGCUGAGGCGAUCGAGGGGCCCGACGAUGCGGCCGAGAACCGCUUCACCAGGCUGUACAGGGAGAUUGUGAGACGCAAUGCCGUCACCGUGGCCAACUGGCAGGCCUACGGUUUCAUGAACGGCGUCCUGAACACGGACAACACGUCCAUCUACGGUCUCUCCAUAGACUACGGGCCAUUCGCCUUCAUGGACAACUUCGACCCGUCGUACACGCCCAAUCACGACGAUGGCAUGCUGCGCUACUCGUACAAGAAUCAGCCUACCGUCAUCUGGUGGAACCUCGUCAGGCUCGGCGAGGCCGUUGGUGAGAUGAUGGGCGCCGGCGCCAAGGUGGACGACCCGUCAUAUGUCGACGGCGGCGUCCAGGAUAGCCAGGAGGACGGGGUUGCCCGACUAGGCGAGAAGCUUAUCAUGCAAGCCGGCGAGGAGUACAAGGCCGUCUUCCUGGCCGAGUACAAGCACCUGAUGAUGGCCCGCCUUGGGCUGCGUCAACUCAAGGACUCCGACUUUGAGGAGCUGUUCAGCGAGAUGCUCGACGCUCUGCAGGAGCAGGAGCUCGACUUCCACCACUUCUUCCGUCGCCUCAGCAACAUCAAGCUCGACGAGAUUGCCACGGACGAGGCUAGGAAGGAGAAGGCGUCGGUGUUCUUCCACGCCGAAGGCCUGACUAAGACGGUUCCAGAGCGUGACGCGCGGGUGCGACUAGCCAAUUGGCUUGGCAAGUGGAGGGCACGGAUUGUCGAGGACUGGAGCGAGGGAGGCGACAGCGUCCCGGCUGCAAAGGAUGAGGAGAGGAUAAAGGCCAUGAAGGCUGUCAACCCCAACUUCGUCCCGCGGAGCUGGAUCCUGGACGAGGUCAUUCGUCGCGUGGACAAGGAGGACGAGACAGAGGUCCUGGACAGGGUAAUGACUAUGGCCCUACAUCCCUUCGAGGACAGGUGGGAUGGCCAGGUCUUUGAAGGCAAGACGUACAAGGGUGACGCGGCGGAGGAAGACAGGUGGACUGGCGAGGUGCCACGGUUUGAGCGCGCGAUGCAAUGCAGCUGCAGCUCUUAA